AUCUUCUGGCCCUAUAAACCCCCAACAAUGGGAAGAUAUUUAUCCAAGAUCAAUUUUUCCAUGUAUUUCUCCACUAAUUGAGGUGGAAGUGAGCAGUGUGAGGCAAGGUGUGCCUCGACUGAUGACAGAGUAAUGUUCUGAUGAACCCAUCGUAAGUCAAAAAUAUCCUAGUUUAUGGAUCAUCCUGCCAUCCGGAUACUUCUGUUCUCAAGUUCUUUAAGAACCUUUUAUAGACAUAUCUUCAGCAGUUGCUGAACUUAUCCUGAUUUUAGUUUUGAAACUGGCAAAGUAAUACUGAGUUGACAGCCUAGUCUCUAUUGUAGUGAAUUCUCAUUGUUAAAUCAUGUCAGUUUAUGGAGAAUCCCAAAUGAUUAGUGGUUUAGGCUCGCCAGGAAACUCAAACUUGGAAACACACGAGAGUGUUGACACUAACAGUAAACCAUAUCAGUGUUCUGAGUGUCUGAAAAAUUUUUAGCCUUAAAUACAGUCUUGUAUUGCAUAUGCGAUUUCAUUCUGAUGGUCAGCCAUACCAGUGUACCAAGUCUUUAAAAUGUUUUAAAUAUAAGCAAAAGCUUAAAACACACAUAAGAUUUCUUACUAAAGAAAAAUCGUAUCAGUGUUCACAUUGUCAGAAGUGCUGUAAUUCAAAAUGGAAUCUCAUAGCACACAUGCGUGUUCACACUGGAGAGAAACCAUACAAGUGUUCAGUGUGUGGGAAAUGUUUCGGCCAUAACCGCUCUCUUGUAACACACAUGCGAUUUCACACAGGAGAUAAGCCUUUUCAGUGCUCUGUGUGUCUAAAAAGGUUCAGACAAAAAGGCUCCCUUGUAGCACAUAUGAGGAUUCACACUGGAGAUAAGCCUUUUCAGUGUCCAGAGUGUCUAAUGCGUUUUAGUGUAAAAUGCACUCUUGUAAAACACAUGCGGGCUCACACUGGUGAAAAGCCUUAUCAGUGUACAAAGUGUCUGAAAUAUUUUACCCAAAAAAAUGGCCUGUUAACACACAUGAGGAUCCAUACAGGAGACAAGCCAUUUCCAUGUACAGAGUGUUUGAAAUGUUUCAGUGACAAAAGUACUCUUAUAAAACACAUGCAUACUCAUUCAGGAUAUAAACCUUAUCAGUGUCCAGAGUGUACACAGUGUUUUACCAUAAAGGGCAAUCUUGUGGUUCACAUGAGAGUUCACACUGGUGAUUCUCCAUUUAAAUGUUCUGAGUGUGUGAAAUGUUUUAAACAGAAAAGUGCCCUUGAAUCUCAUAUGCGCAUUCAUACAGGAAAUAAACCAUUUAAAUGUUCUGAGUGUACUACAUGUUUCAGCCAUAAACAUAGUUUAGUGACACACAUGCGUAUUCAUACUGGUGAUAAACCAUACAAGUGUUCCGAAUGUUUGAAGUCUUUCAGACAAAGAAGUAAUCUUAAAACCCACAUGAGAGUUCAUUCAGGUGAAAAACCUUUUGAAUGUUUGCAGUGUCAUAAACAUUUUACUGUAAAAGGAAGUCUUAUAAAACAUGAAAGAAUUCACACAAGAGUUAAACCAUAUGAGUGUUCAGAUUGUCAGAAAUGUUUUAGUGUUAAAAGUAGUCUUGUAAACCACAAGCGAAUUCACACAGGAGAUAAACCAUACCAGUGCCCAGAAUGUGGGAAAUGUUUUAACCAAAAUUGCAAUCUGGGAACACACAUGCGUAGUCAUUCAGUUGUUGAAUGUUUAAAGAAUGUGAAAUAUUUAGUGAAAAAGGCAGCAUAAUAAAGCAUGAGUAUAUUUGAUGUAUAUGAGAGAAUCCAUGUUAGUAGUCAUUGAAUAUAAGUUUGUGUAUGCUGGGAUUAAAGUGUCACAGACACUUAUGAAAUGUAAAAUAAAACCAAACAAACAACUAUAUUUUUAGAGUGGGGUACUAUACAAUACAGUAGACUGUUAUAUUACAUAGAUUUAUUUGCCACAUUUUGGUUAUUAUACUAUUGAAAAAUUGCGGCAUAUUUUUAUACACUUCGUAAAAUUAACCUAACACAGUUCUGUUUGUGGACGGGGAAAAAAUUUGGAGAGUUCCCUGUGGGAUAUUUCGCCAGCUCAGGCCGCUGCCUGACUGUGGGUCGGACCAUUGUCUCUGGGUGGGGGAGAUCUACAGCCAUCCCGGACACUCCGGCCAACCUCAUCCUGGCCUUCAUGCAUAUGCUUUUAGUAUGAUUCUCUCCUAGGAGUUACCUGUGUCUGUGAAUUGUGUUUUGAUCUUUCAAUUGCCGUAUCUUGUCUCUACCAAGCAGUCAUGGCACCCAUUAGGCAUGCGAGUGUUACUGAAAGUGGCAAGAUAUUGGACAAGCUUAAGAGUGGCUAACGUUUGAUGGAUAUAGUGAGAGUCUAUGGCAUUAAUGAAGUGUCACUCUGUGUAAUUAAAAAGAAUGAGGUAAAUAUAUGCAUUUAUGUAAUGAAUUACUCAGGAUGUCAUCUCACUCACUGACUUUAUUGACUGACUGACUAACUUACUGACUUGCCUCUUACUGACUGACUUACGUGACUAUCUUACCUCAAACAUCCACCUCAGCCCAGUAGGGCCACAGCAUAACUUUCCAUUUUCUUCACAAUCAUCAACAAAUACCAGCAACCACAAUUUAAGGUAAGCAAUAUUAUUAUUUCUGUUGCAUUUGUAGUCUUAAGCAUAACAUAAUUCAUGACAAUGAACAACAAUUAUGUAUUCACUUUUAUUUUUGUAAGAUCUAGAGGUCUAAAAAAAAAAAAAAAGUUGUUUGGCUUUUUUGGGGCUCCCAGGAACGUAACCCUAUUUUUCCCAUAAAUUCUUCAGUUAUUUAACACGGAGUUUCCUAACACGGGUUUUUCAGGAAUGUAACUACUGUGUAAUGUAAUGUCUGCUGUACAUAAGUAAUUAUACAGUAUACAAUUAUGUUAAUUGACAUGUAUAAACUACUUUAUAGAAAACCCCUUGUUAUCCAAGGCAUUUUGGGCAACGUUAAAACAAACUUACAAUUACUAGACAGUGAGACACAUUGCACAUAAGAAUGAAAAAUGCUUAGUGCAUUUUAUUUUGAAGGUAUUCAGUGAUUCAAUAAAAAAUCUAAUCAAAGAUACAUUAAGGACGAAGUUAGGUGCCUGAAUUGAAACCAAAAUGCCUAGUAAUAAAUGAAAAUUGAAGGAAGGAUAGAACAAGAACAGCAACAAUAUUGGAUGAAGGACAGGGUCUCGGGAUUUAUUCAGCAUAAUAUAAUUGUAUUAAAACUAAGAUAAAUGAGAGAGAGAGUAACUAGAGGUGUGGAUGCCUUCCUCUCAGUCAUCUUGUGAGGUGCAUAAUAGUAUUACAGUGUUACGUAAUGGUUUCAGAAAAUGGGCCUCAAUUUGAUAGUAACUUGCCAAGUUACAGUGGUAUAGAAUUAUUUGCAAGUUUAUGAUCUGGGUAGAGUUGUAAUUAGUUGUUUAUAAAGACAUGAAAUGGGUCACUAACAUUACAGUGUAAUUUAUAUGUGAUUAUGAAUCAAUUUUUUAGCAAGGUAUAGGUGAAUUUAGACAAGUUAGAGUGGUUAUGAGUUACAGUAGGCAGAGUCAGAAUAAUUUUCAAGAAUGGGUGGUAAUAUUUUUUUUUUUUUAAUUUUUGAGCGACUUGUUUCUAAAUUCACUUAUUUUCUGGGAGUAGAAAGACUCUGAGCUCAUAAAGGUUUAUUAAAGGUAUUAACCCUUUCAGGGUCCAAACCGUAGUUCUAUGACAUGAGCUCAGCUCACUCAGAUAAGCUGUGAGCGGUAAAUUAUGGCCUGGAUGUGAGAGAAUACAUCUAUGUGGUAUGUGUGCACCACAUAAAACAAAUCCUGCAGCGCACAGUGCAUAAUGAGAGAAAAAAACUUAGACUGUAAUUUUGGAUUAAAACGGCGACUUUGCAGUGUUUUUUCAUGUGUGUUUUAUAGUUGUAUUUGCAAUUUCUUGAUCUCAUUUGAUAGAAUGGAAGAUAUAUUACAGAAAUACAGAUGACUUUUAUUGGUUUUAGUACUGAAAAUGGUGUGAAACUGAGCUCAAAAUAGCAGAAAUGUUAAAUUUUUUGCCGAUGAUCAAGAGUAAACAGAUCACGUCACUCGUCCAAUACACAUCAGCUGAUGGGUCUUAUGUGCAUUCACAAAUGCACGGAUAUUAUUUAUACAAUUAUUACAAUAUAGCAUAACAGUAAAUCUUCCAUUUUUUAUUUGCAUAAAAAUUCAUUAUUUUAAUAAAAUAUCAAAGUGGAAUUCAUUUGUAAAGCCUGAAAAUGUAACUAAUGAACAGAGAAAAUGUUAGUUUAGUGUCAGGAAUGCCUGCAUUGUUUAUGCUGGACCCUAUUUUGAAAUAGGAAUAUUUUGAACUUUGUGAUAAACUGGCCAAAUUACUAAUUUCUGAUCACUUUAUUGGGUAGUUGAAACAGUUGACUUUGUGAUUUCUUGUGCUCAAUCGAUAAAAUAGAAGUAAUACUAGCGAAAUGACUAAGAAUUUGGUCGACUGGAAUAAUGUAAUUGGCCUAAAAUGGGAGUCAAAAUUGACAAAAUCGCUGAUGCGUAAAUAUCGCUGAUGCAUCAAAAUUCUCGAGAGCACA